AUGGUCAAAGCAGGUAUGUAUAUAUAGUAUAGGUAAAUUGGUUAGGUACUACGCAAUCAAUUGAUGUAUUGGGUAAUGAGCAAUAUAAUCGAUCGAUUUGUUCCUUGAACAAUUGAGUCAAUUGUUAUUCAAUUUUGACUAAUUGAUAGAAUAUUUGCUCGUCGUCCGAAAAUAAGUAUCUGACAGUUGAUUAUUUGCUCGCAUUGAGUAGGAGGAAGAAGUAUUAAGGGCGCAUAUUAACAAUAAUGCAGUUGCUGUAUUAAGAGGUGAUUCUAAGGUUAACGGUGUCGUUAACUUCGAACAAUCGUCAGAGUCAGACCCAACUAGUAUUACAUGGGAAAUUACCGGUAAUGAUUCAAAUGCUUUAAGAGGUUUCCACGUUCACACGUUUGGUGAUAACACCAACGGUUGUACUUCUGCUGGUCCUCACUUCAACCCAUUCACUAAGGAACACGGUGCUCCAGAAGACGAUAACAGACAUGUCGGUGACUUAGGUAAUGUGACAACUGAUGCUUCUGGUAUUGCUAAGGGUUCUAAGCAAGACUUAUUCGUCAAGUUAAUCGGGCAAAACUCCAUUUUAGGUAGAACUAUUGUUAUUCACGCUGGUACCGAUGAUUUGGGUAAGGGUGGUAAUGCUGAAUCCAAGAAGACCGGUAACGCUGGUGGCAGACCAGCCUGUGGUGUCAUUGGUGUUUCCGACUAGAUUCGUUGUGGCACUUGCUCUGGUUAAAAUAUAUAUCUGAAUGUAUGACGUUGUUUUAUAUCUUAAAUGUUGCACUUAUAUUGUAAGAGUUUAAGCUUGCGACACGCAGCAGUGAUUUUUUGGGUACAGUAG